CCCCCCGAAGUAAUAAGAAAACAAUGUGACGCUCCACCGGGCAUUCGCUUGGGGACUGAGAGACGACGCCAUGCUGAGGACAUUCGGCAGCCGGGCCUGAGCUGGAAGAGGAUCGUCGCCCCCCGCCGAUGUUUGUGUAGAAGACGUCUGCUCAUCCGACGAGUCAGCCAGCACUGCACCACCGCCAUGAGGACCACCACGUGUCUACAGUUCGUCCUUCCUGUCUUCUUACUCAUUAAAGGUGUCGGCUCUCAAUGGACAGUAUGGAUGCCCAAGGUCAUGUCCACCAUGAAGAGUUCCUGCAUCGUCAUCCCAUGCAACUUUCAGUACCCUCCUAGUGUGAGGCCUCAAAAUGGAGUCCAUGGCAUAUGGUACUUCGGGGACCCCUACCCUCAGAAGUACCCCCCGGUUGUGUUCAAGUCCCGGACGGACAUUGUUCACGAGAGCUACAAACACCGCACCAAGCUGCUGGGAGACCUGCGGGAGAAGAACUGCACGCUGCAGAUCAGCAACGUCGGACUCGAGCACGGGGGAAAGUAUUUCUUCAGAGCGGAUCUGGGGGGCUCGAACGUUUACACCUACCCCGACUUUUCAGACGUCAGGGUCUUAGACAGCCCCAUCAUCGACGAACCCGAGGAGAUCAUCAAUGAGAUGGCGGUGACGCUGAGCUGCUCUGCCCCGAAUAACUGCCCUGACAUGGCCCCCGAGGUCAACUGGUUCAACACGGAAGGGUUAGAAGAGCCGCUCGUGACGGUCAAAUAUAUCGACGAUGUGGACAACACCAUGGUGUCCUCUGAGCUCUCCUUCGUCCCCUCGUACACCCACAACGGCAAGGAGCUGGGCUGCAAGGUGCACUACCCCAACAGCAGCCUGUCGUAUGGCAGCAUGAUCGCUCUGGACGUCAAGUAUCCGCCCCGGGAAGUGGAGGUGAACAUGUCCUUAGAAGCGAUGGAAGGCAGCACGGUGGUCCUGCACUGCAUCGUGGACAGCAACCCCCCUCCGCUCAUCACGUGGUACCUGUAUGAUGUUCUCGUCAAGGAGGAGGAGGCACAAAACUCCACGCUGGUCCUCGAGAACCUGCAGCCGAGCCAGGAGGGCAUCUACACGUGCAACGCCGAUAACAAAUACGGGGAGAAGAACAAUUCCCUCUUUGUGGCCGUCAAGUACCCCCCACGGGAGCCAUCAGUUAACUCUUCAGUGACCAUACAAGAAGGCACGACCAUCACACUUCACUGCAGCUCCGAGGGUAACCCGGUGCCAACACUGACCUGGUUCAGAGAUGGCACCUUAGUCAGCAGUGUUGUCUCUGAAAGCCAAUCCAUCCUUGAAAUCCGUGACAUCACCUUUGAGAGUGACGGCAACUACCGCUGCUUAGCGGAGAAUGAACACGGCCGAGCCAGCAGCCAUGUCAACGUGACUGUCCAGUUUGCCCCUGUGUUCCUGACAGACUCAAAGUGCACCGUCAUUCGGGAAGGAAUCCAAUGUGUGUGUAUGGCCUCUGGAAACCCGGAGCCAAGCGUGGAGUUCACCCUGCCGGAUGAGAACCUGACGAUCAAUGAGACGGAGGACGAGUUCAAUUACUACUCGAGCACCGACGGCUACGUGGUGACCGGCAUGAUCAAGCUGAAGGAGAAGCCGCCGACCGGACUCAAUGUCUUAUGCACCAUGUCCAACGUCUACGGCAACGAGACCAUCAAACUGGAACUGCAGCAGGAAAAAAAGAUCACUUUGGCGGUGGUCAUCGGCACCGUCGGUGGAGUGGCUGUCAUCGCUUUCAUCAUCGCCGCUGUGCGCUACAUUGGGCGCAACAACCAGAAGGAAAACGCGUCAGGCAGCAGCGCCCAGCAGCCAGAAAACCCACCGAUGAUCUACAGCUCUGUGAAGAAGGAAGCCGAAAGCCUCCGCAAGAAAGUGAUUAGGACUGAACUUUUGGGUUCAAAGUUUACGUCAAUCCUUGAAGAGCCCUACAUGGGCAAUGACGGCGAGUACCAGUACCCCAAUGCCACCUCGGAGUCGGAGCAGGAGCUCAACUACGCCUCUCUACAGUUUUCGAGCCAUCAGUGUACGGAAUCCUCUGUCCAGACAGACAUAGUCAGCGAUUACACGGAGAUUAAACGAAAAUGAGGUGCGCUCCAGUGCCUCACGCCAAGCUGAUCUUCCCCUUUCCUCAUCUCAUCACAACGUUUGUGGCCUCCCGGGUCUGACAAAAAUCAAAACCGAGCGAUGCACCACAAAGAGCCAGUCUACUGCCGAGUUUAACGUCCGUCCUCACGGUGGCCCUCAUUACGAUGCCCGAAGAAGACCCUCCCCAGACCCCCUGUCUCACCCCUCUGUGUACAGGACUGUGUAGAACUGCACAAUGUGUGACAAAGUAACAAGCUAUUGAGAUGUGUGAGCUGGCGCUGAGGAGGGUGGUGAAGUGCAGGGCAUUUUGAGGGCCGUUUUGUUCCCUUUAUGAUGUGUGAGAAUCCCGACCUAAAACAUGCAAGAGUCAUUGGGCUCAGUUAGUUUUGAAGGAUUCACAGCAUGCACAAUUAAAGUAACUAAUCCGUUUUCUCCACUGUCAACGGGUCUGUCUGAGUGUUUGCACACAGGAGUAACCCAAACUUCAAGUCUCCCGUGCUGAGUGAAGUGAACACACGCAGAUCUUUGUCAAACAUUCAGAAACGGGGCCUCGAAAGAUGAAUGAAUGGCCUGCUUAGUCAGUGAAGAUAAAUUGAUCUCCUCAGCCCUUCCAUUCCUCAGAUCGAUUUCAUCCCAAGGUAGGAAGCAGCAAAGAGCUCAAGGUGGGACGACAUCAAGUAGGCGAUGAGCUGGCGGGCCUACGGGUGGGAGCUGGAAGUUGAGUCUGAAUAUCGUUCCCCUCUUAUUCCUUGGUAAAUCACUGCUGGGUGUCAUUUGGUCUCGUCUGACGAUGGGCCUCAGAUAAGAGCGGAUGAAACUCGCAAACGGCGAUGAGCAGAACGACGCGUACGCAAUUGCGCUCUCAGUUCAAACUCAAUGUGUGAAAUAAAUUGGGUCUCUGUUACGAUUUGAAUAUCCAGGAAGGCUUUUCACAAUCUACACAUCUGUUCUGGGGUUUACACACCCAAGGAAUGGAAUUCUGAUGUUAGUUUUUUCCUACCAUGAAUCCUUCCCAUGACAGCGUUUUGUGUUGUUCAUGGGCAUCGACGUUUUGCAUCGACCGUUACAAUGGUAGUUACUCACCAUCCCCUGGGAGUGUGCGACGUUAUCAGUGGGCCCGUAUUAAGGUCAGCACGUGGGGUCUACGACUAUCGGAGUAUUGGAUACAAACACCAGUAAGGGUCUUUACUUUACCAUUCAAGCAAUUUUGGAUUACCGCACAUCGUUUGUGCCAUUUCCUUCUUUGAUUUUUGCUUGGCGAUUGACACGUGAGGACAGUAAGGUUUGAACAACUUUGCCUUCUCUUUUGAACUUCUAACUGCUUUAUACUGUAAAUCAGAGUCUUUCCAUCUCUUUUUAAGUCGUUCAUUUUGUGUCAUUCACCUGAAACAAAAGGCGUCGAGUUCCUGCCUGGGAGUCUUUUCAUGCUUUAAUAUCCACAGACGUCCGCCUGUGAUUUAAUAUUUAAAUAAAGUCCUCCAGUCCAAAAACUAGCAAACCGACAGACGUGUGCAUAACCUCAACACGGAUAUGAUGGUUGCUAGGUAACGGCAGUAGGGGGCGGGAUUAGGCAGUAGAGGAAACAGAAGCGCAUGGCGGUGCGUAUUGACGUGGAAAAGAAAAAACGUAUUGCACUGCUCCGCGGCGAUUAUGAACGAGAGGCGUAGACGGAAUUGACGAUAUUGACGUAACUCACGUCACGUGUGCUACAGAAAUGGGCGAACACGGAAGGAGGAAACAAAGCUUUAGGAAGCAAUGUUCCUUGGUUUGUACCCCAAAAAACUCUUUAGGGGGCUUUGUGUUGAGCAAUCAUAACGGGGCCUGCAAAACAGAUGGUAGUGUCGGUGAAACUGCGUGCAAAUCGAAACGGCCAUCACUACUCACUCAAAUAUGUUUGUAUUUACCAAGGAAUAAAGAAGGUAACAAUAUUCCAAGAUUAGGCCAAUUCAGCACCAUCAAAUCGUAAAGACAAAAGCUAUCAAGCGGCAUAGAGCCCUGUAAUUACCCCAAACCAGCACCGCUCUUCAAAAGAAGCUCAAUAUUCCUAACUAAUUCCUUCCUCCGUCAGCUUUAUAUAUUUUCAGCAGUAGUUUCUUCCCAAUUCAAAGUAUUUUUGUUUCCCUGUACUUCUGUCCUUAGUAAUGUCAGAACACAAGCAAUGUUCUAGAAGAUGGCUAACCAAAAACAAACGUCAGCGGGCCAGACUGUGAGGUCAGAGAGAAUCGAAAGAAGUCAGAAACGAAAAGAAGAGUCGCAAACCGAAGCACAAACCCAGCACGCUGCCACUAAAUGAGUCCACCAAGGGACUGAUUGUCACAUCUUUAAAUCGUGAUGUCCCCGGAGCUGCUCUCAGUCAUUUGAUUUCUCCAAGCAGCCUGGGACCACAGGUGUCCAUCCGGUCCGGGACGACUCCUAGGAUAUCAGGAUAGAAUAGCAGGAGGACAUUUUAAACCCUGCAGUGUCUUCAUGCUGUGCAAUACAAGAACAUAGAAACACAUAAGGAUUUUAGGGUCUAAGAUGGACGAAACUCCAUUUAAUGACAUUAAAGAAGAUGAAGAUCGCAGGCACUAUGAGGUCACCCUUUGGUGGGCCUCCAUCACUGCUGGUCCAAGCAGGCCGUCCUUCAGGGCUGUGUGUUCAGGAGAACAGAAGUGCUGGAGGUGACCUAACAGAGAAUAUUAACUAGACGUCUGGCGUCCCAUCAGACCAUCCUGAUAAGGAUCACGACGUGAGACAACUGAGAUAUUAGCUCUCCAUCGUGGCCAUCUGGUUAGCUAACAUCUCACCUGCCCCCUCAUCCCAUCCACGUGUUUGCAUGAACUCCACGGCAGAUUCCAACGACUGACCAUAUCUGAAGCUAUUCUUCAUCAACUGCCCAACUCUGACAAAGGAUCUCAGAGAUGCCCAACAUUCACCGAAUCCAAAAUCGAUUCGACAUUUUGACAGUGGAAGGGAAUGUUGAGGAGUAAAGUAAAUUUGUAAUUCAAUCACUUUGACUUUUUUAAGAUCAGUAAAUAACAAAUGCCCAGGCCCACAUUACACCACACCUUCACACCAUAAGGUUUACAGUUCCUUGUACUGGGCAAUGCCACAAGAGCUGGGGAUGGCAGUGCCCAUUCACCUGAACUGUCUCCAUCAUGAAUAAGAUGGUCUGCCAUUCUUGGGAUGUCUGCUCACUUCAGGAUUCUUCACGAAGGACUGGUUGCCAGUCCAAAGAACCGACUGGUAUUUUUAUAAAUCCAUUAAAUGUUUAUAAUGUUAGACACCUUUAUGUACUAAAUAUGCCAAUUUAACAUUGAAGGGGUGAACUUGAUGGUACAGAGUGGGACUGCAACCAGAACAGGAGAUCUUCGGCCGGGGGUUGUGUUUCAAAGGCGCACAAAGACAAGCACCAGCUGAUUGGAUGUCAUCAGUAGUGGGCGGGGGCAUCCUCUGUACCUCCCCUCUCUCUCUCGCCCUCACCACCUCAGCCUCUCUCUCUCUCUCUCGCUCGCUUGCCCGCUCCUCUAACCCUCUCCCUGUGAGCGAGGUGUACGUGUAAAGGCGCUAUACACCUGCAUGUCCGUAUUCGUUAGAUAUCACGCACGUCAUUUCUCAGUGGACUGGCUCAGAGGACCACCUUAAAACAUUCAAGUCAAAACAAAAUGAUCAAAUAAGCAACAUACGGCAAAAAGACGACGGCAGCAGAGAAGAGUGCCUCUGAACGUCCCAGCACUCCCCAGAAAACUCUGACGCCUCCCAUCAGCGCGCCCCUGCAUUCCGGUGGGCUUCUCCAGUGUUUUGUACAUACGAGGACUGUAUGCAUGAGAAAUACCCGACUAACCACUGCAAAUCAGCUGAGAGGACAUCAGUCGUUCAGGCCCAUUGGAUGAGCACCGAGGCCUGAAGUGCGGCUGCAGACAUUUAAGCAAAAUGCAAAGAAACUUACCGUAACUUAACUGUGUGAUGCUAACGGCUUUUCACUGAUGGCCAGGCAGGCAGGCAGGCAGGGUGUCUCCCUGAGGGCAGCACCUUCAUGUCACUUCCUUGGAUCUUCUGCUUUAACCUUUUUAAUCAUGGUGUGAAUACAACAAACAAAAAAAUGAACUUUUUUUUAUUAUGUAAAUCUCAAAAAUGAGGAAAUGUGAAAAGCGAAAGGCAGCAGGAGCGACUCCUGAACGGCGACAGGCCGGCCUGAGGAAGCUCCUGGGUUCCUCCGAAUCUGUAUAAAGCUGGCCCAGCUCUGCUCGUGUCGCAGCGUCGCCUCAGCCUGUAAAUACACUUAACACCUCGAAUUCGACGAGCUCACUCUUAUUUAUUAAUGGAAUUCUGUACAUAAUACACCAAUAAAGACCACCUGUGAAACGGA